CCUACGCAAAACCCUUCCAAACACCUCGCGACUCCGUGCCGCCGCCGCCGCCGCCACCGCCACCGCCACUGCCGUAGCCAUGAACGACCGAGACGCCGAGGCAGCAGCCUCCGAGAAGGCCCGGCGCAGGAAGGAGAAGAAGAGAAAGAAGCGAGACGAUGCUACGCAGCAGCAAGGUGCGGCUGAUGAAAAAUCCGUCUCCGAGAAGAAGGAGAAGAAGAAGAAGCAGAAGCAGACGAACGGGGAGGACGUGGCGGCCGGCUCGAACCGGAAGAUGUCGGUAAGCAUCGCCAUCGCCGGAUCCAUCAUCGACAAUGCCCAAUCUCUCGAGCUCGCCACUCUCCUCGCAGGCCAGAUCGCCCGCGCGGCGACCGUCUUCCGAAUCGACGAGGUUGUGGUGUUCGACAGCAACCCCGGGGCGGAGAACAACAGCGGUGGUGGCGGCGAAGAGAGCGGCGCGCGCUUCCUCGUUCGCAUUCUAGAGUACCUGGAGACGCCGCAGUACCUGCGGCGACGCCUUUUCCCCAUGCACAAGAACUUGAAGUUUGUGGGGCUGCUUCCACCACUCGAUGCACCACACCAUGUGCGCAAGCAUGAAUGGUCUGAGUUCCGUGAAGGUGUUACACUGGAUGGGGAUCGUUCAAUGGGGACAUUUGUGGAUGUCGGAUUGAGUAAGAAUGUUCUGGUUGAGCAGAUCCUGGAACCAGGGAAGAGAGUAACCGUGACCAUGGGAACUGAUCGUGACAUUUCAAGUGCUUGCAUAAGGAAAGUUGUCCCCCCUUCCACUCCUAGGGAUGAAAUGGAAUUGUAUUGGGGCUAUAAAGUCCGAUAUGCUUCAAAUUUGAGUGGAGUUUUCAGUGAUUCACCAUACAAGGAAGGAUAUGAUUAUAUCAUUGGUACUUCAGAGCAUGGCAAGAUCAUUAGUUCAUCUGAGUUGAUCUUGCCUUCUUUUAGGCACCUUUUAAUUGCAUUUGGUGGGUUGGCUGGUCUGGAAGAAUGCAUUGAAGAAGAUAGAAAUUUGAAGGGCAAAGAUGUAAAUGAUGUAUUUCAUACCUAUUUGAAUACGUGUCCCAGUCAAGGGAGCAGAACAAUAAGAACUGAGGAAGCACUUCUCAUCUCUCUCCAAUACUUCCAAGACCCAAUUAGGCGAGCUGGAUAGCAAAUCUGGAAACACUUACAGACAUAACAGUUCGGAUGCAAGUGGAAUUUGCUGAUGGUUAACUUUAACCCAAUUGCCUACGUGGCAUUGACUUCUCUAGUGAAUCUGGCACCCAUCGUCACCGGUGGUCAAAACAUAUUUUAGAAUACUUGUGUUGAUUUCACUGAAAGGGCUUAGAUUGUUUAAUGUCUUUGAGCAUCCAUGGACCGUUGAACACUGGGAACUGUUUUUGCUGAAGAUUGUCUUCUGACCAACCAAUUGCAUCUAUUCCAUUUUGUUUACAUCACUCAUAUGAAUCGUUAUAUAUAUACAUCUCAAUUAAU